UAGAGCUGCCGUUGAGGGACUCAGCAAGCAGCAAUUGGAGAUGAAAUCUUAGAUGAGCUCUUUGACUUGUGCCAUAAGAAAUUUGAAGAGCAACCGUCCAUGUAUGAGUCAGGGAUGCCGGUUAAUUUUCUUGCUGUGCUUAAACGCAAGGCAACCUGUUGUUAUGGUGUGUUUGGUGUUUGUGAAGCUAUAGUUAAACUUUCUUGAGCUUCCUAUCUUGUUAUGUGACUGAUUAAAGUGGCAUGUAAAAUCGCAGUUAAUUAUAUAUUUGUAAUAACUUGAGCUUCGUAUAAUAACAGUGUGAAAAUAAAGCUAAUUUUAUUACCUUGAUGAUCAACCACCACUUCCUUUAAUUACUAUACCUCUUUACCUACCACUUCCCUUUCACUCUCAGUCGCACAAUGCUUUUAGCUACUAGCACGUUUUCAAGGUCCCUUGUGCUUUCCCUUUCAUUACCUUUUCUUACAUUUAUUAUUUAUUAAUAUCUGAGUUUUUUCUUUGCUUUUGCUUUUAUUUUUGGUUAGAUUCGUCAGGUUCUUCAUGCCGAGAGGCCCUGCUCAACUCAAAUGGUUUUUGUUUUAUUUUCUUUUGGCUAUUGGAUGUGUUUGUUGUUUACUUUUUGGUUACUUGUAUUCCUACAAUAAUUUGGAUGGGAUAGCAUGAUUUUCAGAUACUGAAUCAUUUUUGAUAUCGAAAGCCCUCAAUAUAUAAAGCUAUAAUUGAACGGGGUCCUAAUACAUUCUGUUUUGUGCAUGAUGUAGUUGUAUAUUACUGUUGUUAUUUCCAUAAAAGUGAUUGGUGAAUCGAUAUCAUGCUAACUUAUAAGAUACACCCCUUUAUUCUGCAACAGUUUGAUGAAAGUAGAAACUUUUAAUCUGCCAACAAUAAAUAUUAUAAUACAUAUAUAGAUGCAUCUUAACAUCUAUAUAACUUAGAAGGUCAACCACAGGGUAAUCUUUCAGUGCCGGCAUGGAGGGAAAGGGGAGAAACAAGAGGAUAGGAAGGACGGCGGUGAAAAAGAGAGACAAGGAGAAGGAAACAAAAAGUCUUUUUCCUUUUCCAUUGACUAUUAAUUUUAUUUUAAUUGAUUUACUUUGUCUUUUGAUUAGUGGCAAGUAGUGCUGUAGUAUCAGCCGACUGUAGUUAUAAGAAUAACAUACAUGACAUGACAUACACCCUACUCACACACACAGAGAAACAGAGAGAUGGCAGCAGCAGAGGAAGCCAGUAAAUUCUCUGAGGAAGCGAAUGCAUAUCCAAUGACAGGUGGAGAUGGACCCAACAGCUAUGCCAAAAACUCAACUUUGCAGAGAGGAGCUGGGGACGCUGCCAAAGAACUUCUAAACGAGGCAAUUGCAGAAAAGCUUGACAUAGACAUCUUGUCAUCUUCUAACACUUUUCAUAUUGCAGAUUUGGGUUGCUCUGUCGGGCCAAAUACAUUUUUCGCAGUUGAAAACAUAAUUGAAGCUGUGAAAUUCAAGUUUCAGAACCAAGGGCUGAAUUCUCAAAUCCCUGAAUUUCAAGUAUUCUUCAAUGAUCAUACUCAAAAUGAUUUUAACAUGCUCUUCAGAUCCCUCUCGCAGAACAGGCAAUACUAUGCUGCGGGUGUGCCUGGUUCUUUCUAUGGUCGCCUAUUUCCUGAUGCUUCUAUUCACUUUUUUCACUCUUCUUAUGCCCUUCAAUGGCUUUCUAGAGUACCAAAAGAGGUAGUGGACAAAAACAGUCCAGCAUGGAACAAAGGACGAAUCCAUUACUCUAAUUCCACAGAUGAAGUAGUAAGGGCUUAUGAAGCUCAACAUGCUGAGGAUAUGGAGUGCUUUCUAAAUGCCAGGGCACAGGAGACUGCUGAUGGAGGAGUAACGGUACUGCUCAUUCCAGGCCGCCCCAAUGGUACCCCCCAUUCUCAUCCUGUGGGAAAUGUGAGCUUCCAACUUAUAGGAUCUUGCCUCAUGGACAUGGCUAGGAAGGGAGUAGUAAGUGAAGAGAAAGUAGAUGCAUUUAACAUACCUGUGUAUGCCAUGUCUCCCCAAGAACUGGAAGCUGCUGUAGAAGGCAAUGGACGUUUUAGCCUAGAGAAGAUGGAAACCUUACCUCAUGUCUCGACACAUGGCACGGUCUCUGUAACCCAACUAGUUGUAUCUCACCUGAGAGCUGCCUUGGAGGGACGCAUCACACAACAAUUUGGAGAAGAAAUUGUAGAUGAGCUCUUUGAAUUGUAUCUUAAGAAACUUGACGAGCAACCCUCCAUCCUUGCAUCAGGGACUGCAAUUAUCUUUCUUGUUGUGCUUAAACGCAAGGCAAAUUGAUGUGAAAAUGCUGUUUCGGUAUUCGUGAAGCUAUAGUUCAAUUUCUUUUAGCUUCAUUGUUAUGCUAGUUGUUUUAUUAUAUGACAAAGUGACAUAAAAUUGCUGCAAUA